UUUCCUGAAUAAAAACGGCGUCGUAAACUUUUCCCUGAUUAUGAAUGUCAACACUGUGCAGAAUAGUCUCCGACGAUGACCACCGCCUCAAGCUCUUCACUCUCAGGUCAGUAACUCCUCCUCCAAUUCUCACUCUGAAUCCACCGCAUAUUGCUAGGACUAUAGAGACGGCGAAGAAGAAGCCCUAAAUUCAAACAUAGAAAAAUGUCAGAUUCGCAAGACUCGAUGGAAUUAGAUAUCUCAGUAGUAGACAAGUGUCUCCGGUGUAGCGGCGACGGUUCUAGUACGAAAUUGCUAGUGUGUAGUGUGAUUGGGUGUCCAAUUGCGAUUCAUGAGGAGUGUAUGUGCUCGAAGCCCGAAAUUGAUGAGAAUGGCAGGUUCUACUGCCCUUACUGCGCUCACAAGAGAGCGCUGGUUAGGGCCGAGAAGCUGAGGAGGAAGGCGUUGAAGGCUAAGGAGGUUCUGUCCAUGUUUAUCGAGAGCGGCCAGGUUAAUUUUCCGCUGGAUGAUGUCGAUGAAGGUCCGGUGGGGGAUCGGGGAGAAGAUGAGGUUAAGGGAGGCAUUGAGGGUGGAAAUGAAGGCGAGGCGGAGAAUGAGGUAAUGGAAGUAGAGGAAAAGGAGGAUAAGGGAAUGGAUGAGGGUGUAAGUAAGGGGAAUUCGGAGCAGCAAUGCGUGUCGGAGGGGAAUGGAGAUAAUGCAGGUGAUGGAAUUGACGGAGGAAGUAAUGAGGAGAAUGGAGGGAGAAGUCCGGGAGAGGAACAGGUGCGGCUGGAGGCUAUGGAGGUGCCUGAGUCGGUUGAUUUUCAGAGGGGAUCUUCUCCUAUAUUGCGUAAGAGGCGGUAUAAAAUGAAAGCUCAGAAGACAGUGCAGAUUCCGCAUGCCAUUCCACUAAAGAUAGCAUCCUCUUGCCGAAUUGAUGUCGUAGAGGAGGAGGAAAAUGCAGAGAAGCAAAGUGAAGAUGACACUAUCUCCUCCUCUUCCUCGGAGUCUGGGAAAGUGUUGGAAUCGGACAAAAAUGAGAAAGGCAAUGCCUCCUCCAAGUCAAGUGAUAUUCCAGAGUUGAACCAAAGUGAGAAAGCUGCUACUUCCUCCAAGUCUGGGAAAAGUUCAGAGUUGGACCGAAAUGAGAAAGCCACUGCCUCCUUGUAUUCUGAGUCGAGAAAAAUUCCAGUGCCAAGCCAGAUUGAGAAAGCUACUAAGUCGAGAAAAGUUCCAGAAUCAAACCAAAAUGAGAAAGCUACCUCUUCCACUGAACCAAAACAUGUUCUGGAAUCUGGAAGAGAAGAGUUGUUUUUUCACAACAAGCGGAGGAAAAUUAACUGGACAGCUGACGAGUUGAAAAUGUUAAAGGAGGGAGUAGAACACUAUUCAUCUAAAGUUAACAAAAAUCUUCCCUGGAGGAAAAUUUUGGACCUUGGUAGGCAUAUUUUUCAUGAGACUCGGACUCCAAGUAAUCUUAAGGAUAAAUGGAAACUCCUGUGCAAAGAAGCCAGUAAGCCACCAACAAAAAACAAACUUGAUCACUUGGGUUCCGAGUAAAAGAUUGUCCAGGAGGCAAGCAUCGUUAUGAAGCUGUCGAAACUUCAGGUGAAGCAGCUUGCCAUUUGUGGAGUUUGUAGAAAGGAUGCCAUGUGGGAACCAUCUCAUUGUUUAGGGUUAAAUUUAGUAAAAGUGGAUAUGGUUGUGAGAUGAAGAACAAGCAUGAGCGUCAGUUUUUCUUUUUCUUUCAGAACAUGUAAAUAUUAUUCCAAUAUAAGGCAACCACUGGAUUCACUAUCCUGGUUGGCAUCUCUUCAGCA